AUUUUUGUCUUCACGUUUCUUGUCAUUGGUAGUACUAACAAUUUGUUGACAGGUAGUUAACGUUUCUCGUUGCGAAUGGUUUCAGCAAAAUAAACCAGGAUGAGCGCCGUUAAUCUGCGCCAACAGAAAUUGGAGCAACAGCGUCAAUUGAUGGAACAGAAGAUGCGCCAGAAAAGGCAAACACUUGGUAUGGUUCAAGCCUCAGACGCCCGUGCUUCUUCAGCUAAAGGCCCAAAUGGGUUUCAGCCGAGGCUUUCGCUCCCGUCACGAGGAAGAGAACUGCAUGGAUAUGACGGGCCCCUGCAGUUCACAAUGGAGCCAGGGAAUCCAGAUCUGGUGAUAUCAUUACCGGCGAAUGGUUCAGAAGCUUCACACCGCGAGGAAAACGAUGUUUGUCAAGUAGAGACUUUGCAACUAGGGGAUCAAGACCAAGAUGUUGAGGAUGAAGAAUCUACACCAGUAUCUCCACCAACCCCAGUCAACACCUUGGCCCUUGCUGUGGCACCGUCGGCUGAUUCAAACUUCAUCACACUCAGCUCAAAUGAGCGGGAAAUAGAAGGUGAUGUUGAAGGAAGCCUGGAGACUUUUGUUUUGGAACCAGGAACUCAAGGUGUUCACUAUAAGUGUAGAAUAACAAGGGACAGAAAGGGAAUGGAUCGUGGCUUAUAUCCAACAUACUUUUUACAUCUUGAGCGUGAUUAUGGUAAAAAGGUGUUUUUGCUAGCUGGCAGAAAACGUAAGAAGAGCACAACAAGUAACUACCUCAUAUCUACAGAUCCAACUGAUUUAUCAAGAACUGGAGAGUCCUAUGUUGGGAAGUUAAGAUCCAACCUGCUAGGAACUCAUUUCACAGUUUACGACAAUGGCUAUUCUCCCAAAAAAGCUGAGUCAAAAGAAGAUUGGAAACGUUCACCUCGACAGGAAUUGGCUGCUGUAGUCUAUGAUACAAAUGUUCUUGGCUUCAAAGGUCCAAGGAAAAUGACAGUUAUAUUGCCGGGGAUGACUCAAGAGCACAAGAGGGUACAAAUCUGCCCUCAAGAUGAACAUGAAGGUUUGCUGGAGUGCUGGCGAAAUAAAAAUAUGGAUAAUCUCAUAGAGCUUCAUAAUAAAACACCAGUAUGGAAUGAUGACACACAGUCAUAUGUGCUGAACUUCCAUGGGAGAGUCACUCAGGCAUCAGUAAAAAAUUUCCAGAUUGUUCAUGACAGUGAUGUUGAUUACAUAGUAAUGCAGUUUGGUCGUAUUUCCGAAGAUGUCUUCACGAUGGAUUACCGAUAUCCUAUGUGUGCACUACAAGCGUUUGCUAUUGCUUUAAGCAGUUUUGAUAGCAAGUUAGCGUGUGAGUGACAGUUUAGAAGCAUGCAAAGUUUUAUGAUAAUCGUACAUUAUCAAACAAUGGAACCCGAAGAUAUGAAGAUGAAUAUGCUGUAGCAGUAUGCAGGAAAGAAUGUUACUUCUUAAAUCCACGUGAUUGCAUUUUUACAAUUUGCAGUACCAGUCAUCACAAGAUAGACACUGUUGUAUGUGCCACGUGUGUGGCUGGAGCACGCACAAUCAUUGUACACUUUGAGUAGAACUGCUAGUUUGUCUUUUUUAAUGUAUGUGUGCUGUGUGGAGAUAACAGUAUUUAUAUUUCAUACGUAUGUGACCUUUAAGAUGACGGUUUCUAGUCCUAAGCAAAACAUGAUACAAUUUAUAUUUUUUUAAUGGUAUUUUAAUGACAUAUGAAGACUUGAUUUAUGUCACAGUUCAUAAUAUUUG